AUGGCGCCUUUCAAAGUUGAACCAAAGUAUGAAUGGCGCCUUACAAAGUUGAACGAAAGUAUUUUUCAAUUGGAAGAAUCUCAUGUGACAUCAGCAAAAGUAAAUUUCAUGCAAACAAUGCAAAUCAGGUUAGCCUCGCCGGCUCUUGAAUUAAGCUCAUCUGUGAAAUUUGCAAAGCAAUAA